GGCCGCGCGGAGUCGAGCGAGUGUGUGCGGAAGAGCGCGGCGUGCGGAAGUAGUUUGCGAAAUGUGCGUGCGCGUGCGACGAAAUCAGCGUGGACGACAGGACGACGCCGACGCCGCUCGCCGACGGGGCGCAGGAGGCCGACGCACAGCCGCGUGAUCGAUCCGCGCGAGAUCGGAUCUCGUCCACCGCCGCCGCUCUUUCUCUCUCUCUCUCUCGUCCGUCGCUCUCGGUGCGGCGGAAUGCCGGAUCAUCGUCAUCGUCGUCGUCGUCGGUCGGCGAGCGAUCGCGCCGCGGUUCUCCCUCGCGAUUGACCUCCAUCGCUCCCCGGGAUCGCGUGACCACCGCGGAAUGUCCGGUCGGCGGGCUACCCCUCGGCGCCGCGAAGAUUCUCCUCCGGAAGAAGUUCGCAGAUCUUGACUCUUGACUUGGAGCUCUGCGGGGCCGAUCUCAGGUCGGCGGAGGUGACGCGGGAGUGACGAGCGCGACGAGAGGUCAGGAGGAGUGCUGCGCGAGAGAGACUCACAGUCUCGUAUUGUUCGUCGCAUCGACAACCGACGGGGAUGUGCGAAUUCAACGAAUCCGCCCGCGUCGUCGAAAACGGUAAUGUCACGCGAUCAUUAUUAUGCGUCACUCGAACAACGACGUGGAUUCUUACGAAAAUCGCGAAACGAGUGCUAACGAGUGAGAGGAGAAUGUGCGGGAAGAUACGGCGAAGGAUUGCCCGAAGGAUCUCAUCGAUCGCACGCGAUUGAACGAUCAGCCGCGUAUAUACGGCGAACUUUCACGAGGGGAAACUGUUGUCGAUUAGGCGGGACAAAGACUCGAAGUGAGAGAGAACGCGUCCAAGUUUUAUCUCUCUCAUUUUGCUCAGGAAAGAUAAAGAGUGCGAGGAAGUUGGGGCUGAAGCUGUGCGCGGGAAUUCGAAUGCCAAAGACAAGCAGGAGUCGCCGCUUGAGAAGAACGUUCUUCCUAGCGGCACGAUAACGGUUCGCGCUAGUAGUUCGCGGUAUCGGGAAAUUCGGCGAAGCAGUUUGCCAAGGAAGUGCCAAAAUACAAUAAUCGGAAUCGAAAAACGAAACCGCUGUCACGACGUAUAUUUUCUCGGCUGAUCAAAGGAACCCGCUCUUUCUCUCUCCCUCUCUCUCUCUCUCUACCGGCGAGCACGACGACGAAGAGGAAGUGUGAGUGAUACGCGGAGUGAGGCGGAUUUCUCCACUUAUUCCGCAUCGCACGGAAAAGUCGCGCGAAACGGACGAGAGGUGCGGCCGAGAUUCAUGGGUGUUCCUGGAGACGUCGUGCCGAGUUCCGGAUUUGCGCCGAGAGCGAGAGGGUGGACGACGACGCGGGCUGUAACGUGACCCGGGCGGAUGCUCGUCGCGCGGAAACGGCGGAAGAUGUAAGAUCCGGUGAGGAGGAAAGCGCGGAUCCCGGCAGCGCCAACCCGAGGAAUCGGCCUCAUCCGGUGCUGCGGCCCGGUCUCGCUCGCGCCCUUGGUGCCGUUCGGCACCAAAAUGCUGGACAUAUUCCGCGGCCUCAAGAGCCUCAUUAAGAUCUCGCACAUCCACACCGACAGCGCCGUCUUCCGUCUGCACUACAGUCUCACGGUGAUCUUACUGAUAGCGUUCUCCUUAAUCGUCACUACCCGCCAAUACGUCGGCAACCCCAUCGACUGCAUACACAGCAAGGACCUGCCGGAGGACGUGCUGAACACGUACUGCUGGAUACACAGCACCUACACGAUCACCGCGGCCUACCGGAAGCGGGAGGGCUCAGAGGUGCCGUUCCCCGGCGUCGAUAACUCCAAGGCGUAUCCCGACAGCGAGAGAAAAGAGUACAGAUACUAUCAGUGGGUCUGCUUCAUGCUGUUUCUGCAGGCGAUCCUUUUUUACACGCCGAGAUGGCUGUGGAAAGGCUGGGAGGGUGGCAAGAUUCAUGCCCUCAUGAUGGAUCUCGACAUCGGGCUGUGCUCCGAGGUGGAGAAAAAGCAAAAGAAGAAGAUGCUGCUCGACUACCUCUGGGAGAACCUUCGCUUUCACAAUUGGUGGGCUUACAGGUACUACCUAUGCGAAGUGCUCGCGCUGCUGAAUGUGGUCGGUCAGAUGUUUCUGAUGAACCGCUUCUUCGACGGCGCCUUCUUGACCUUCGGCAUCGACGUGCUCAGGUUCCUCGAAUCCGAUCAGGAGGACCGAGUGGACCCGAUGAUUUACGUCUUCCCACGAAUGACCAAGUGCACUUUCUACAAGUACGGCGUCAGCGGGGAGGUCGAGAGGCACGACGCCGUCUGUAUAUUGCCUCUGAACGUCGUGAACGAGAAGAUCUAUGUUUUCCUCUGGUUCUGGUUCCUCUUCCUCGGCGUGCUCAGUUUCUUUACGGUUUUGUAUAGGAUACUGAUAAUCUUCUCACCGCGCACGAGGGUCUACCUGCUGCGAAUGCGAUUCCGUCUGGUGCGGCGGGACGCCGUCGAGACGAUAGUGCGUCGCAGCAAGGUGGGUGAUUGGUUUCUCUUGUACAUGCUGGGCGAAAAUUUGGACACCGUCAUCUACAGGGACGUGAUGCACGAAUUGGCGAACAAGCUCGCCUCAAGGCAUCACCACGGCGUACCAGGAGUGAAGGGCGAGCUUCAAGAAGCCUGAUCGAGGUUGCCUCGGAGGGUCGGCACGUUCGAUUCGCUGCCGCGGUCCUGCCCGUCGUCCCGCGGUCGUCGACGCAUCCGGAGACGCGGGACGUGCGAUCGCGGCCGGAGAAGAAGAAGCGGCGGCGGAAGGGCCGACGGGUCUUCUUCAAGGAUCCGCGGAUCCGGUCUCGCGAAGAGACGCGUCUAUCCUCCUUUCCGCCGGCUGUUGCUUAUCGAGCUCGCAGCGAUGCGACGAUAGCGCCCGGAGAUAUCGGAGACGCGUCCCCCACCCCCCGUCUUCGCGGUGAGAUGUCAAAGAAAGAGUGAAAGAGGGGGGGGGGAGGGAGAAACGCGCUGGUCAUUCGGGAUCCUCCGAGAUUGGCGUUCUCUCUUUCCCGUACGAGUGAACGAAUUUGCCGAUGUAACUUUGACGACGCGCACGCGCGAGCCCGGAGCGGACGACACAUGAGACACCCGUCGAUGCGUUCUUGACUUCGCGAAAUGUCAAUUUUAUACAAGUUUCACCGUGAAGCUUAUGUCAAUUUUACGUAUAGAUUUAUGUAAAAUUUCGAUAAAAUUUCGGUGAAAUUUCUCGGUUUUGUAGACAACGGCAUUUGCGGAAGGCAGGCUCUCAUCGGUCGAAUAGGAGGACCGUCGCGCGUCCACGAAUCUCGCGUGUUCCCGAGGGAAAAUCACGGUAUUUUGCAUCUCCGGCGCGUGCGACUCUCGUUGACAAUGAGAACGCGACGACCGAAAGCGUGAAGCGGCAAGCGCGGCCGGCUGAACUCGUCGAAAUGAUACCGGUUUCGAUCCCCGAUCGCUCUCUCGGGCGGCCGCGAAGAAGCCGCGAACGAAAAGACAGAGACGUUCGAGCGAACGAGCGAGAGCUACGGCGACGUUCACGACGACGCGAGGGACCAAGAAGAGACUAUCAUCCCGUUGGCGUUGUUACGCUCUCCGGGCGCGAGGCAGCGGACGCGUUACCCCCCUAAGAUAGCGAGACUCGUUAAAAGACACUUCAGAAACGGCGGCGCGGGUCGUCGAACGAAUAUCGCACACCGGCCGAUCGUUACGCGCCUUCGUGUUGCUCUCGCGUCGCCAAAAGACAGCUUCGCGAACAGAUAGCGAAAGUAUCAGACGUCGAGGGUAUCGUCGCGCGGGUUCCACUUCGUUCUCGUCGUCCCGGUGACUUCGCGGCAAACACGUCCGCUACUAGCGGACAUGCGCGCGCGCGUGUGUGUGUGACGGAGCCCGAUCCCUCACGAAGAGCCCCACAUAUCGAUAGCUACGAAGUGAGAGACCUUGUAGCUGCAAAAACAACUAUUUUCGGAUUCCUCAGUUCAGUAAACUCAGACUUCUCUUUCCCCAUUUGUUGACAAUUGAUAUUUUCAGCGAAGCUGAAUUCUUAUGUUUUUACUCGAAAUCAUAGAAAGCUGAAGGAUGCAAGGACGAUUCGAUCGUUUCGAGCGAAGCGGAUUUUCAAAGCAGUUUCUCGCUCCUCCGGAAAAUUCCUGAUUUUGUGUGUACGAGGCGCCACUUCUUAGACAUCGAUGUGUGUCGCAGCGAUCAUUUUUAUCCGUACACUGAGUCUGUUUUACACAAUUAUAUAUAAAAAGAGAUACAAGAUGGUCUAUGUGGGAAAAGUGGCCCGGAACGAACGGUGUGCACUGGAAGAAAAAUUAUCUAAAGAAUAAACAAUAUUUACUCGGUGCUAACAACAUAUUUAUUUAAAUCUGAAUUCCUUUAAGUACAAAAUAAGCGAAAUUCUUUCCUUCGAAAAGAAAUUUAUCUCAGUGUAAAAAUAUGUAUCUCAUGAUACAAAUAAAUAUGUUAUUAGUAUUAAAUAAGUAAUUUUUAUUUCCUAGAUAUUUUUUCUCUCAGGCCCGAUUUCUCAUUUUCCGGUUGACUUGUAGUUUAGGCUCAAUCUCACGAUAAUGCAAAAAUUGUUUUCCUCAUUCCUGGUUAAUCGUCAAACUUGAAAAGUCACCACUGCAAAAUCGUCAGUUUAACGAUUAACCGCGAAUAGUAAAACGAUUCUUGCAUUCUCAGUUGAGGUUCGGACCGCGAGUUAAAUAGAAAAUGAAGAGCCGGGCUUCAGUGUGCCAGCCGAACGUGGACUAAAAGACCCGCUUGAGAGUCACCGGCCGACCGAAGCGGAUCGAGCGGGAUGACCGAUUUCUUCCCGAACGCGGACACGUUUGUCCGCCGGACGGCUCGCGAAUUUCUCUCUUUUUCUUCGCGUGACGUGAAUUACGCAACCGACCUUGAGAUAUUUUUCUUCCCUCUCUUGUUAUUCCAACGACGAAGGUGUCGCCGAGGCGGCGAGAAGUGAUCCCGCGCCCCGAUGCGCUCUCUCAGGUCUUUGUAAGUUUAGCGUUUAGCGCCCGUCAGGAGCGUCCGUAGAUGCUGGACGGAUGCUGCUGCCUAUUAUUGUUUCGGUCUAUUUUAACACUUUGAUCGUGCCGUGUUACGUAAACGUAAGUACUAGGUAAGCGAGCCACGAAGGGUGGAAAUAAUCGCAUAAAGAGAUCAUUAUGUACCGGCGAUAGGUGUAUUCAAAGCCGGUAAUAUCGGUAUAUCUAUUAGGAGAGUCGUCCUUUUUGACGAGAGCUUCGGAUCUCCGCCCUUAGCGGAGGGAUUCUCCUACACGAUUCGCAUUCGCGAAGAUUCAUCCGAGCGAGAGAACGUAACGGUAACGUCCCUAGUCACAUUAUACUUCUUUACGUCUCCGCCGUUAUUUGUCGAAUCGCGAAUCUGAAUCCGUCGGUCCGACGACGGACACACUGCCACCGAUCGACACGAUCGAUUUUGCUGUAUCCUGCUCGAGAUAGCACGGAGAUAGAGUCAAGAAUAAAGGUGCGUUACCUCGAGA